AUGCCGCGGCACGAGGAGUCGUGGGACAGCUUCGCCGAGGUGAUCCCGAACCUGCAGCUCGGCGAGGCCGCGCGCGAGGCCGCGCAGGCCUGGCUGGGCGCCCGUGUCCUCGCCGGGGAUUGGGAGGAACGCGACAAGGUCCAGCCGUUCGCCCUAGGCAUCUUCCACCGCCGCGCCGCUUCCAGAGCGGUAAGCAGGGUUUUCCGUGGCAGGGUGGCGGCGGCCCUCGGCGACGGCGAGGACUCUGCGGGUAACGCGAGGGGAGCGGAGUUCAUGAACCAAGCAGCCCUGCUUGACUUGGACAGCCGGCCAGGCUGCUGCAAACUGAGCUUGGACGCCAGCAGCGCGCACAACCGAAGGCUGCCAAGCGGCGGCGCGUAG